UGCAAUGUGGGGAAAUUUUUAAGUAAUGCAUGCAAGAAGCCAGUCUUGCCAGGCAUUGCCCACACAGCCUCACAGCUGAUCUAAGCCAUCCCUUUGUUGAUGUUGAACAGACUUGCCUUGCCUCACAAGGGCUGAGUAAUGACUUGUCCCUAUUCUUCUCUGGACCAAGACUGAUAGGCAUGUGCCCUGGACCUGACAGGGUGAUACGUGCUGGGGCUAUGAUGGAAAGCUAGAUACAACAGGCAGUGGUGGUUCUCGACUUCUAACGUUGAGAACCUGUGGAACUGAAGGGAUCAUCCAUAGUCAGCAUUCGGCUACCAUGGUGCCUGUGUUACUAAUUCUUGUGGGAGCUUUGGCAACACUGCAAGCUGACUUACUUAAUCACAAAAAGUUUUUACUUCUACCACCUGUCAAUUUUACCAUUAAAGCCACUGGAUUAGCUCAAGUUCUUUUACACUGGGACCCAAAUCCUGACCAAGAGCAAAGGCAUGUUGAUCUAGAGUAUCACGUGAAAAUAAAUGCCCCACAAGAAGACGAAUAUGAUACCAGAAAGACUGAAAGCAAAUGUGUGACCCCCCUUCAUGAAGGCUUUGCAGCUAGCGUGAGGACCAUUCUGAAGAGCAGCCAUACAACUCUGGCCAGCAGUUGGGUUUCUGCUGAACUCAAAGCUCCACCAGGAUCUCCUGGAACCUCGGUUACGAAUUUAACUUGUACCACACACACUGUUGUAAGUAGCCACACCCACUUAAGGCCAUACCAAGUGUCCCUUCGUUGCACCUGGCUUGUUGGGAAGGAUGCCCCUGAGGACACACAGUAUUUCCUAUACUACAGGUUUGGUGUUUUGACUGAAAAAUGCCAAGAAUACAGCAGAGAUGCACUGAACAGAAAUACUGCAUGCUGGUUUCCCAGGACAUUUAUCAACAGCAAAGGGUUUGAGCAGCUUGCUGUGCACAUUAAUGGCUCAAGCAAGCGUGCUGCAAUCAAGCCCUUUGAUCAGCUGUUCAGUCCACUUGCCAUUGACCAAGUGAAUCCUCCAAGGAAUGUCACAGUGGAAAUUGAAAGCAAUUCUCUCUAUAUACAGUGGGAGAAACCACUUUCUGCCUUUCCAGAUCAUUGCUUUAACUAUGAGCUGAAAAUUUACAACACAAAAAAUGGUCACAUUCAGAAGGAAAAACUGAUCGCCAAUAAGUUCAUCUCAAAAAUUGAUGAUGUUUCUACAUAUUCCAUUCAAGUGAGAGCAGCUGUGAGCUCACCUUGCAGAAUGCCAGGAAGGUGGGGCGAGUGGAGUCAACCUAUUUAUGUGGGAAAGGAAAGGAAGUCCUUGGUAGAAUGGCAUCUCAUUGUGCUCCCAACAGCCGCCUGCUUCGUCUUGUUAAUCUUCUCACUCAUCUGCAGAGUGUGUCAUCUAUGGACCAGGUUGUUUCCACCGGUUCCGGCCCCAAAGAGUAACAUCAAAGAUCUCCCUGUGGUUACUGAAUAUGAGAAACCUUCGAAUGAAACCAAAAUUGAAGUUGUACAUUGUGUGGAAGAGGUUGGAUUUGAAGUCAUGGGAAAUUCCACGUUUUGAUGGCAUUUUGCCAUUCUGAAAUGAACUCAUACAGGACUCCGUGAUAAGAGCAAGGACUGCUAUUUCUUGGCAAGGAGGUAUUUCAAAUGAACACUCAGAGCCAGGCGGUGGUGGAGCUCGCCUUUAAUACCAGCACCUGGGAUGCACAGAUGGGAGGAUUUCUGAGUUCGAGGCCAGCUUGGUCUAUAAAGUGAGUUCCAGGACAGCCAGAGCUACACAGAGAAACCCUGUCUCGAAAAAACAAACAAACAAACAAACAAAAAUGAACACUCAGUUUGAAUGCAAGUCACCAACCCAUCCAGACAUGAGUCACCAAUGUCCCAUUUCAUAAAGUGUGCAUGCCUCACUCAAACCUCCUUGCUCACAGCAUAGCACCAGACUCACCCAGAGCAUGGGCCUUUGGUUUCCUACCCAGAGUACCAUGUUAUACCAGUGUGUCUUUGAAAGUUGCUUGACUUACCUUGAACUUUUUGCACAGGAGACAGUUUUUUUAAGCUAAUGUCACACAUGUUUACUUUGGGUUAAGUUGCCAGUGGUAGCACUCAGCUACAGUGACAGGAGGAAAGGAUAGAACUCAUUGAGAGUGAACCCAAAUUCAAGACUGUCUUUCCUGAAGCAAGUGGGAGACACAAUUUCAUGGUGCUUUUCCCCUUUGAGUUCUAGAAUAGUUUUCUUUCUAGAACUGUGCCUGUGUCUUAAAGCAUAAGGUAACAUUGAGGCAAAAACAAAGACUAUGUCCCACAUGUCCCUGUGUUCCAUAGGCCUGUUCAAGGAAAUGUCUAAGCCAAAGUAAGUUUAAGUCACCGUGCCUGGGGUGAAAAAGAUGGUUCAGAUGACGAAGAAGCAUGAGGGCCUGAGAUUGAUCAACCAGCAUCAAGAAACAACAACAACAACAGCAGCAGCAACAACAAAACAGUGCAAGAAGCACAUUCCUAUAACCCCAGAGUUGGGAGAUAAAGACAAGAGGAUCCAUGGGAAUUGUAGUUCAACCAGUUUAGCCAAUUAUGUUUUCUCUAGGUUCACUGAGAGAAAUGGUCUUAAAAAUUUAAGGUGGAGAGUGACUAGGCAGAUCCUCUGAUACUGACUUCUGCCCUAAAUAUGCAUACACAUGUACACACACAACACAAAGACACCAUUCCCUAUUGAGAGAGAAGACAGAAGCUUGUUCAAGGAUUAAAUUCUUCAAGGCUUCUAGGUACUCUGGAAAUGACCUGAGAAAGACAUUGAAAAUAAUUCUGCUUUGGAGGUGAUUGCUGGAUCUAGAAUGUACUUCCCAAAGAGAUGUUUGAUGAAAGAGCCUUCAUGGCAACCUGUUGGUCAACUCAUGCUUAGUCAAUUCUAAUCUCUUAAAUUAGGGUUUCCUAUACAUAUUACAAUUGUAUAAAAAUGUAUUCUCUAAAUAUCUUCAUUAAUGAAGCUGUAUCUAUAGGUCUUUUUGAUGGGCUGAACAUAGAAGCAAACACACUUAUGUGUUGGGAAGAGGAAUAAGUAGUGAUAGAGGGACCUAGUGGUGGUUAUUUUACAUAGUCCUGAAGAGCUAAAGACAAUGAAAGAAGAAAUGGUACUCACAAGAGAGAGAGCUAUGUCGGGGUCCUGUCAGCCAAAUCUUGCUAGUAUAUGCAAUAGUGUCUGGGUUUGGUGGUUGUAUAUGGGAUGGAUCCCUGGGUGGGGCAGUCUCUGGAUGGUCUUUCCUUCCAUCACAGCUCUGAAAUUUGUCUCUGUAACUCCUUCCAUGAGUAUUUUGUUCCCCAUUCUAAGAAGCAGUGAAGUAUCCACACUUUGGUCUUCCUUCUUCUUGAGUUUCAUGUGUUUUGCAAAUUGUGUGCCUGGCAAAUACAGAAGCAGAUGCUCACAGUCAUCUAUUGGAUGAAACACAGGGCCCCUAAUGAAGGAGCCAGAGAAAGUACCCAAGGAGCUAAAAGGGUCUGCAACCCUAUAGCAGGAACAACAAUAUGAACUACCCAGCAACCCUCAGAAAUGUAAAUGAAGAAAAUAUCUAAUAAAAAA